AUGGGGGGCCUCCACACUGGGAGGUGUGUGGUCUGCCGUUUGGGGGGUCAUCCUGGAGGCCCCUCGGGCUGGGUGGACUGGGGAGGCUCUGCCCUGUGUGCGGAGUCCCCCCUGGUCUGCCCGGGGCAGGGGCUUUGCACUAUGUGCAGAGUCUACCCCGGUCUAUCUUGGUCGGGGGUCUCUGUGGUGGCGGCGCUCCCUGUGGCCGUGGGCUGCGAACCCUUUCGGUUUUCAAACACAGCAGUCAGUUAUCAGCAGAUUUACAUCAUGGCAGCUGCAGCACCAGGGUCAGAUGAUCUAAAAGCUGUGAAGCGGAGAAGAGGCAAACCAUUGUUUGAGCUGAGAGUUGUUCUGCUGGGGAACAGCUGGUCUGAGAGGAGUUCAGUGGGGAACUUCAUGCUGGGAGAGACUCUGUUUAGCACUGAGGAAGAACCAAAUGACUGUUGGAGUGUCAGAGGACAAUUAAAGGAGAAAGAAAUAGUUCUCAUCAACACUCCAGAUCUGCUGCAUCCCAACAUCUCUGAACACAAACUAACAGAACAUGUAGAAAACUGUGUGAGACUCUCUGAUCCUGGACCUCAUGUGUUCCUGCUGGUUCUACAGCCUGAAGACUUCACUGAGGAACACAAACUGAGACUCUGCAGAGUCCUUGAAAAGUUCAGUGAUCAAUCAUUUGAUCAUUCAUUGGUUCUGAUAUCACCACCCAGAGAGGAGAGUUCAGCUUCCAUCGACGAAGAUGAACCAGAGCAGCCAUUUAAAGACCUGAUCAGAAUGUGUAAAGACAGACAUCUGAAGAAGAAGAACCUUGAGCUUCCACAGUUGUUUACAUGUUUGGGUGAAAUUGUAAAAGAGAACAAUGGAGAUCAUGUUAGCUGUGAUGUAUUGAAGGAUGCAGCAUCAGAAAAUUUCCUCACCAUUACUGAACACAUGAAACCAACUUUAAACAUGGUUCUGUGUGGGAGGAGAGGAGCAGGGAAGACCUCAGCAGCCAAGGCCAUUUUAGGUCAGACAGAGCUUCAUUCAGUCUCCAGCUCAGAGUGUGUUAAACAUCAGGGAGAGGUGUGUGGACGUUGGGUUUCCCUGGUGGAGCUGCCUGCAUUGAAUGGAAAACCUCAGGAGGAAGUGAUGGAGGAAUCAUUGAGGUGUAUCUCCCUAUGUGAUCCUGAGGGCGUCCAUGCCUUCAUCCUGGUCCUUCCUGUGGGUCCCCUCACUGAUGAAGACAAGGGAGAGUUGGAGAUCAUCCAGAACACUUUCAGUUCUCGAGUCAAUGACUUCACCAUGAUUCUGUUCACUGUGGAGUCAGAUCCUACAGCUCCAGAUGUUGAUAACUUUCUAAAGGAAAACAAGGACAUCCAGGAGCUCUGUCAGAGCUGUGGAGGAAGACAGUUUGUCCUCAACAUCAGGGACCAGCAGCAGAUCCCAGAGCUGUUGGACAGUUUAGAAAAAAUGAGACUGAGACCCAAAAAAGACAAACCAAGCUGCUACACAACAGAAACAUUUGCAUUUGUCCAAAUAGAAAAGAUCAUAAAACAGGCUGAACUGGAGGAUCUGAGAACAAAAGGCACAAUCAGUUGUGAUAAAGAGCAGCAGAGCCCAGAGAGUCUCAGGAUUGUGCUGAUAGGGAAGACCGGCUGUGGGAAGAGUUCUUCAGGAAACACCAUUCUAGGAAGAGAGGAGUUUAAAGCUGAAUCAAGUCAAAUGUCAGUUACCAAAGAGUGUCAGAAAGCACAGAGUGAAGUGGACGGUCGUCCUGUUGUUGUAGUCGACACUCCUGGUCUGUUUGACAAUAGUUUGUCCUACAAGACGAUUAAUGAAGAGUUGGUGAGAUGCAUCAAUCUUCUGGCUCCAGGACCACAUGUCUUCCUGUUGGUGUUACACAUUGGCAGAUUCACUCCAGAGGAGAAGGAGGCAAUAAAACUGAUCAAGGAAGGUUUUGGGAAGAAUGCUGAAAAGUUCACCAUCAUUCUUUUCACCAGAGGAGAUUCACUGGAACGGGACAAGAUUUCUAUUGAUAAAUACAUUCAAGAAAAAUGUGAUGAUUCAUUUAAGAAACUUAUUGCUGACUAUGGAGAAAGAUACCAUGUGUUUAAUAACUAUGAUACAGAAAACCGCAAACAAGUCAGUAAGUUGAUAACAAAGAUCGACACCAUGGUGAAGGAGAAUGGAGGCAGCUGCUACACCAAUGAGAUGCUGCCGGAGACCGAGGCAGCGAUACAAAAAGAAGUGGAGAAGAUCCUGAAGGAGAAGAAAGAAGAGAUGCAGAGAGAAAGGGAGGAACUACAGAGAAAACACAAGGAAGAAAUGAGAGAGAUGAAAAGAAGAACGGAAGAACAGAACGUAGAAAUUGAAAAGUCGAGAAAACUGAGAGAAAAACAACUUGAAGAAAAGGAGGCAAACAUUAAGAAAGAACACGAGGAAAGGAGAGAACAGGAAAAGAGAGAAGAAGAAGACAGGAAGAGAAAACUACAAGAAGGACAGGAGUGGAAAAGAAAAGCUGAAGCUUUGGAGCAAAAAUUAAAAGAGUCAGAAUUAAAGGACAGAAAACUGGAGGAAGUUAUGAGAAAAGAAAGAGAGAACUGGAAGAAAACACAAAAUGAACAGUCGAAGAAACGAGAACAAGAAGAUAAACAGAGACGACAGGAGGAACAAACAAGACUGAAAAAGCUUCAAGAAAAUUAUGAAAAUAGGAUCAAAGAGGACCAAAUCAGAAGGAAAAAGGAGGAAAAGGAGAGAAAAGACAAUGAGAAAAAAUGGAGAGCAGAAAUUGAAAAUGAGAGAAAACUGAGAGAAAAACAACUUAAAGAAAUGGAGAAGAUCAACAAGGAAUGUGAGGAGAGAAAGAAAGAACAGGAAGAGAGAGAAGAAGAAGACAGGAAGAGAAAACAAGAGGAAGAAAAACAAAGACAGGAGUGGGAACAGAAAGUUGAAGCUUUGGAGGAAAAAAUAAGAUCAGAGUCAGAAUUAAAGGACAGAAAACUGGAGGAAGAGAUGAGAAAAGAACGAGAGAACUGGAAGAAAACACAAAAUGAACAGUCGAAGAAACAAGAACAAGAAGAUAAACAGAGACGACAGGAGGAACAAACAAGACUGAAAAAGCUUCAAGAAAAUUAUGAAAAUAGGAUCAAAGAGGACCAAAUCAGAAGUAAAAAAGAGGAAAAAGAGAGAAAAGACAAUGAGAAAAAAUGGAGAGCAGAAAUUGAAAAUGAGAGAAAACUGAGAGAAAAACAACUUAAAGAAAUGGAGAAGAUCAACAAGGAAUGUGAGGAGAGAAAGAAAGAACAGGAAGAGAGACAGGAGUGGGAACAGAAAGUUGAAGCUUUGGAGGAAAAAAUAAGAUCAGAGUCAGAAUUAAAGGACAGAAAACUGGAGGAAGAGAUGAGAAAAGAACGAGAGAACUGGAAGAAAACACAAAUUGAACAGUCGAAGAAACGAGAACAAGAAGAUAAACAGAGACGACAGGAGGAACAAACAAGACUGAAAAAGCUUCAAGAAAACUAUGAAAAUAGGAUCAAAGAGGACCAAAUCAGAAGGAAAAAAGAGGAAAAAGAGAGAAAAGACAAUGAGAAAAAAUGGAGAGCAGAAAUUGAAAAUGAGAGAAAACUGAGAACAAAACAACUUAAAGAAAAGGAGGAAGAGAUCAAAAAGGAAUGCGAGGAGAGAAAGAAAGAACAGGAAAAGAGAGAAGAAGAAGACAGGAAGAGAAAACAAGAGGAAGAAAAACAAAGACAGGAGUGGGAACAGAAAGUUGAAGCUUUGGAGGAAAAAAUAAGAUCAGAGUCAGAAUUAAAGGACAGAAAACUGGAGGAAGUUAUGAGAAAAGAAAGAGAGAACUGGAAGAAAACACAAAGUGAACAGUCGAAGAAACGAGAACAAGAAGAUAAACAGAGACAACAGGAGGAACAAACAAGACUGAAAAAGCUUCAAGAAAAUUAUGAAAAUAGGAUCAAAGAGGACCAAAUCAGAAGGGAAAAAGAGAGAAAAGACAAUGAGGAAAAAUGGAGAGCAGAAAUUGAAAAGGGCAGAAGACAAAUGGAGGUACAAAUAAAGAACAGCGAUAACCGAUAUAACAUCUUAAAGGCACAUUCAGUCCACAACGAACAAGAAAUGAAGAAAAAACAUCAAGGGGAAAUGUAUGACUUAGUGAAACAUUUGACCAAAAACACAAAAAGUCUGUCAAAAAUCAGAGAUUUACUGAAGCAACAAGAACAAGAAAUGGAGCAGGAGAAAGAUGAAGAGAGAAAAAAUAAUCUGCAGGAAAAACAUGAAAAAGAAAUAAUUGACAUGAUGCAGAAACCUUUGGAUGAAGGCAGCAAAACACUUUGGGGAAGUUUGAAAAACUUGUUUGGUUGGUGAGGAUGUAAAGCUCCCUGUCAACAGCUGUCUGACUGGUUUUGAUCUCAGAUCUUAAAAAUGUAUCAGAUAAACACAAAAUGUGACAAAGUCUAUUCUGCACGAAGGCUUUUUUUUUUUUUUUUCUAAGAUACAAAUACUUUCAAACAAGUGGCCAAAAGAUAAGAUCAUCAAGGGACUCCCAGUUGUUGUUAUAUUGAGAAAAAUAGGCUACGAAGCAAUAAUCUGUACCUCUUGUGUAUUUUAAUGUAUUUUUUAUAUGAUGGGUUAGAACCUAUUAAACUGGACAUUGUGGCUGAAAUUAUCCAAUUAUUGAGGUAACUGAAAGGACAGACAUUUUUUAGUUGAAGUAAAAUAAUCAAAAAUGACUAAUCCUAGUCAUGUUUGUUCAGUGAUAAAUCAGGCUGUCAUUUAAAUAAAUACUUGACUUUAUUUCAAACUUUUGGUCUAUGUUAUUGAAAAUAACUGUUUAAUCUGUAACAUUUAGGAUCUCCUCUUUUUCACUGUGUUUUAUGUAAAAUGUGGUACAAUCAGCAUUAUAUGGUUUAGGUGGUGGUGUUAUUGGAUGGUGUGUUUCUUACUUUUUUAAUCUAAAAUAAGUUGAAUAUUGUAAGUAAAAAAAGGGUCAGUACAAAAUCAUAUGUUUAAGUCUGUAGAAAAUCUCUACGAAGUGUUGCAUUGUUUACUUAUGUACAGUUUGUUAGAAGUAAUACACUUUUUUGCUGUUUUGUUUUAGUUUGUCCUAGCUGUGUUGUUACACAUUCGUCCAGCAGCUUUAUAAAGGACUUUAACAGCUGGAGGCUCUGGCUGGUCAUCAGGGAUCUUUAUUUUCUUUUGAAUAUGUGAAAGAAUUUAAUGUUUUUAAUGUUUGUUAAAUCAAAUGCCUGUUUUCUCUGAAUAACCCAAUCACAUAUAUCUCAGCAAAUACUGAAUAUUAAACAUGCAUGAAUAUCAUUUAGAUGCAUCAUUUUCUUUUUUUUUCUUUUAUGUGCGAAAUAAAAAUGGAUGCUUUAUAACUAUAUACUAUAACUAUACAAUGCAAUAAAUGUCAUUUAAAUAUAUAACUGUGUGUUCUUCAUGAGGUGUUUGUUUUCUUUGUUCAUUAUUAUGAAUUUCUCUAGAGUAGACUGCUGUGAAAUAUUAGAGUCAAACCAACUCUUCGAGAGUUCAGGUUUGUUUAAACUGCACAGGAAGUGGAUUCUAUCUGAAAUAUCUUUGUUUGCCUCUCUAUUUAUUUCUCCUUGAUCUUAGGAUACUACUGUCCCUGUGGAUACUGUUAGUGUUUAAGUUUACAUGGCAAGAUAUUACGGUUUUAACAACUGCAACACAUUAUAUU